CGAGGAGGAAAAAGAGGAGGAGAGGGUGGGGAGGAGGAGCGUCAGUGCAGCAGUCGCAGCAGCUCUGUCAGUAAACAGUCUGUACCAGAGAGGAAGAGGGAGAGAGAGAGAGAGAGAGAGAGAGGGAGAGAGAGAGAGGUCAAUGUGUAUUGGAGGAGCAGAUUCUUCAGCAGCACAGCGGUCAUGUGACUUCCUGUGACAGGUGGGUUGUCAGCAUUCAGCAAAGUUGCAGUGGUCAAGAGGUCUAAGCUGACGUGGAGGAUCAUGGGAGAUGGAGGCCCACUGCAGACUGAGGGUAAUGCCCUCCUCAAAGCUGUCUUCCAGGGAAAGCUUCGACUCGCCCGUUUGCUGCUGGAAGGCGGAGCCUACAUUAACGAGGGCAACGAGCGCGGUGAGACGCCAAUUUCGGCCGCCUGCUUGGCAAGCUACGAUGACCCACAGACCCGGCAUCGCAUGGUUCGAUACCUGCUGGAGAAAGGUGCCGACCCAAACAUCCCUGAUAAGAGUGGACGGACCGCGCUGAUGCACGCCUGUGCCGAACAGGCGGGGAAGGAGGUGGUGUCCCUGCUGCUGGAGAACGGAGCGGACCCUAGCCUCAAAGACUACUCCGGCUCCUCUGCCCUGGUUCAUGCUAUAAACAAGGGAGACAGAGACACGCUGCAGGUGCUGCUGGACACCUGUAAGGCCAAGGGCAAGGAGGUGAUUAUCAUUACUAGUGACACGUCUCCAUCAGGAACCAAGAAGACCAAACAGUACCUCAACUCUCCACCUUCCCCAGGCAUUGUGGACAAGAUGUCCCCCGCCUGCAUGUCCCCCUCAGAGGUAGAGAUAGGAACGUCCUCACCAGCAGGGGGCCAGACUGAGGAAGGAAUCUUUAGUUUUGCACUCACUUCAGCUCUCCCGUUACCCUCCGCUCGACCUCCGGGUGAGAAGAGACCACCACCGCGCAAGCUUCUGAAGAGGCUGAAUUCAGAACCCUGGGGUCUGGUGGCGCCCUCUGUGCUAGGCAGCAUUUCUCAAGACCGUGAAACCAGAAAAGGUCUGGAGGAGGAGGACAGUAGCAGCGAUGUCAACAAGACGGUGACAGAGAUUAACGGCCUCUACAUCUCAGAGCCGGCGAGACCUCUGCUGUCCCGCAGACACAGCAUCGAGACCCAUGACCCAUGCUCCCCCAAACUCACCGACAGGUCCUCCUCUGAGGACUACACUGCCCUCUCUGCAUCCUGGGCUGAAAAGGUCCAACAGCACCAGAACCUGUACCGCAGGAACACGGCCCCAGAGUCUCAGGAGAAUGCAACUGGCCCAGGUCCCGUUGCAGCUCGGACUCUGGCUUACCCUAAACUGACCCGAAUGGAGCACUACGAGUCUGACACUCACCUGUGUCCAGAGUCUAUCCCUGGUUCUCCAGAUUCUGGUCGUGUGUCUGUGGAGCGGAGGAGGUACAAUGCCUCCCCUCUGUCCCUGGUCACCAGCUCCUCCAGGGAGUCAUUGGAGAACAUACCCAACUCUGUCUCACCCAACUCUCUUCGCCGGCGUCCCCCUGGACUUCUGGAGCGUAGGGGAUCCGGGACCCUCUUGUUGGACCACAUCUCCCACACCAGACCCGGCUUUCUACCACCACUCAAUAUUAACCCCCAGAGGCCCAUACCUGAUAUUCGAGCCAACGGAAGGCCCACCUCCCCAGUUCAUGCCGGACACAAAAUUCUGGUCCCGGUGGCGCCAGCUUCACCCAAGAGAGGGAUGGACUUCAAGAUGAAGAAGAAGUUGUUGAGGAGACACUCCAUGCAGACUGAGCAGAUGAAGCAGCUCUCCACUUUCCAGGAGAUUCUCGCUGAAAAAGUGGUCGAGUCAAACGGAGACUGAAGGGUCUGAUGGAUGGUGGGAUUACAGACAUUUUAAACCACUUCCUGGUGUGGACAGCUGCACCUUCAGUCUGAGACUGACUUCAUAUACGACACCUGAGUGACAGCGACAGUUCAUGUUUUUCUAGUGUGGUUGUAUGACAUGUUUCAUGAGAGUCCAUACAAAAAAACCUGGCUUUUUUAGCUUGUGCUGACACAGCUGAGCUGCUGGCUCACUGCUGCCUCCAGUGGUCAGUUUGUGUCACUAAGGCAUGUCUGACCAAAGGAUAUGAAAUAUUAAAGUCCAAAAAUAACAAUAAUGACAACAACAACAACAACAACAAUAAUAAUAAUGGAAGCAGCAGUGGAUCAACAACUGCUGUGACGUCUCUUAUGGCCCUCGGUGUAGAUGAGUGGUUGGUAAACAAACCUGCGACAAGAAGCAGAGAACUUUAUUCUUUACGACUCCAUUAGCUUUACUCACCAAAUUCCAAAGAGAAAAAAGGGGAAACGAUGAAAGAGUUCAUUUGGUGAGCCAAGUAAUAGGUGGUAAAAAAUGUAUUUUGUGUUUUAGUUGGCAGCCAUGUUUUUACCGAGUGGCAGGUGGCGCUAUUUUCCCUCAGCAAUGUGUUCAUACAACCACCUUUUAAAACCUGAACUGCCCUUUUAAUGUUUAAAACUUCAAAUAAAUGUUAUCUUCAAAAAUACUUCCAUGUGUAGGACAGUCGAGGACUAAGACUGAUGUGGACCAGGACUCCUUUGGUCCACAGCCAGUGAGACCUGAGGCUGGUAAGGACCAGCCCCGAUGUGGACUGAUCCUGGUGCAGUUUGUUGAAAUUUUGAUGUUUACUGAUGCAGUUUUUGCACCGAGCCAGGUAUUUCUGCUGCUCUGUUCGUUCAACGACGAUCAAUAGUCAAUAGUCAAUCAAUAUGAAUUAUUUAUCUGUGUUUGUUAUGUUUAGAAGGAUUGUGCUAUUAAUCUGUUGAUUCCAAAGAAGCCGAGUGGUGAUCCGAAAGUGUAAAUAACCGAACGAUCCUGAAGUAGUUCACCUGCUUUGACACAGGAGGCGCUGCAGUUCUGAAAUUUGCAACCAAUAACGUCAUAAUUAAGAAGUUAGGACUGUGACAUCACUUCCUCAGGAAGUUACACAAUAGUACAAUUUUCUGUUAGAUCAUCUACAGCUCUAACAGUAUCUGGACUCCAGGACGCCUCAGGGUGGUGAUCCACAGGUACUGCAGAUCCUCAGACUGGUUUUGGAAAUACGUGUUCUACAUGUGGGUCACUCUGGUUUACACGUGUUUAAGGUGACUCACACUAGCACCGGAGUCGGAAAAUUGGUUUAGAAGUUUGAAAAGUUUCAGAGUGAUUUAAAAAGAUUUUCAGUGGUUUGAAGUGGUUCGGGUUCAGGUCUUUGACACUGGUUUGAAAUAAUGCAAACUGGUUUAGUAUUAUGUCUAAACUGAUUCAAAAUAAUAACACUCAUUGAUUCAGUCAAUUUUGCACUGGUUUCAAUUGGUUUGGACUGGGUUUAAGUGGAAUCCUUGGGUUUAGUCUUACUUACAUCUUUGGUACCAACUGUAUCAAAAUGAUUUGACCAAUGAAAAUGAGUUACACUGUUUGAAGUAGUUCCAACUUGUUUUAAUGGGUUAACACCAAUUUGAAGUAGCAUCAGUUGUUAGGGAUUUAUUAGCAUCGUUUUUAAGAUGUUCACACUGGUUCACACCAGUUAGAUAGGCUCAGGUUACUCUACAGUGAGGUUUCAAGGACCGCUAAAGUCUUGAUUGUUAUCUGGUCAAAGAACUGAAUGAUCGUGAUUGGGUUAGAUUGUUGUUUGGUGCUAAGUUUGGUUAGGUUAUGGUUUAUAAAGUAAUGAGUAAUAUCUUCCAGACCUGUUUGAAGCUGGUUUAAGAACUAAACACACCGUUCAGGGUAUGUACUUGGGUCAACAUUAUUAAACUGCCUUAAAGUAGUAGAGUACAGUAAAUAACCUGGGUAUGGUUAAUCUGAGUUAAAGUUGGUUGACUUUUUUUAAGGUGGUUCACAAUUUAGUUCACAACAACAGCUGAAGACUAUUGGUUAAGGUCUUUUUACACUGCUGAGGUGGUCGAGGGAAGUGGAUCCAACUUGACACUAAUUUGUACUGAUUUAAAUUGGUUAAUACUGGUUAAAAUAAGCUAAGACUGGUAGAGUACGAGAAUUUGAUAACUGGUUUAAGUGUUUAAACCUGGUUGAUAUUUUUCCCCCUGUAGUUUGUACUGAAGCUUUCAGACUGCGGUUUACACCAGCUUCCAAUUGUUCAUUGUAUUUUAUUCUGGUUCAAACUCGUUCACAUUGAUUUAAACCAGUGAAUUGUAAUUCGGAUUGGCUAGCUUAUUCUGUUUCAAACUGGUUUGCACUGGCUAAGUAUAGGUCAGACCUGUUGAUACUGGACAGGCCUGUUGCUGCUGGUCGAUACUUGAAGUUUAAACUAAAUCAGAGUAUUUUUGUAAAUGGCUGCUGGUGGAGAGAAAUGUCUGUUUAUUUUUCUUCUUUCUCUUUGAUUGUGACGGUGAAUAAACAUUUUAAAUGUCUUAAACAACACCAUGUACACUGAAGUUACUGUGAAUACAUAUUAUAAUAGUCUUGACGUUACAAUAUGAAGAUUUUAUCCAAUGCUAAAAUGCCUAAAACAUUUUGUUUUCACAACAGGAACGACCCUUUGAUGAAACUUAAGUCGAACGUUUUAAAGUUUAGGCAGAGUGAAAUGAUGAAAACAAAGUUGUUAAACCAUUAAAGGUAAAAGUGUUUGCUGUUACCAGGGCAGCCAUUGUUCUCAAGCUUUUCGAACAUCUGUUAGCCAUCGUCUCCAACAUCAUUACGGCUCAGCUCAAACAAACGUCAAAGCUGCCGCGGGGACAGAACCGCCUUCGGCCAUAAAGCUGCCAUUAUCUGAUUUUAAACGGACAAAUUAGUCACUUACCCGUCCUUAACAUCACAUUCAUCCAUUUUCACCUUAUCCGUUGAUACAGCGCUCUCUGGUGACGGCACCCGGACAGGACAUACAGUAACUACAGAGCGACGCUAAUGCUAAUUGCUAAACACAAACCGACACGUCAGUCAAAAUGUUGUGUUUUUUUUACCCGAUGUGGGAAUAUUUGAUUUAUUGAUUAAAUACAUUUUAAAAUGACAGAAAAUAUUUACAAUUAUUGUUCAAUAACAGCAGAUACUGAUGAAUAAAAACUGUUCAGAAAUCAAGAACAGCAGAUACUGAUCAGCAGUUGUUAUUAAGUAAAAACAAAGACGGGUAGCAGAGAUGUCUCACUCUGCCCUGACACCAGACAUUGAAUAAGUGCAGAUAGGAAAAAAAAAAAAAAAAAAAA